CGGGUCGUUAGCGGAUACGGUGGCCGCAGGGGUGGUGCCAGCGGCCUCUGCCCGGCUCGGCGCCCGGCUCGGGGCCUGACUUGGCCCUCUCGUCUCGCGGCUGCGGUUCCACCAUGGCUCCCAAAGGCGGCUCCAAGCAGCAGUCCGAGGAGGACCUGCUCCUGCAGGAUUUCAGCCGCAACCUCUCGGCCAAGUCCUCGGCGCUCUUUUUCGGGAACGCCUUCAUCGUGUCCGCCAUCCCCAUCUGGCUAUACUGGCGAAUAUGGCAUAUGGAUCUUAUUCAGUCUGCUGUUCUGUAUAGUGUGAUGACCCUAGUAAGCACUUAUUUGGUAGCCUUUGCAUACAAAAAUGUGAAAUUUGUUCUCAAGCACAAAGUAGCACAGAAGAGGGAGGAUGCUGUUUCCAAAGAAGUGACUCGGAAACUUUCUGAAGCUGAUAACAGAAAGAUGUCUCGGAAGGAAAAAGAUGAAAGAAUCUUGUGGAAGAAGAAUGAAGUUGCUGAUUAUGAAGCUACAACAUUUUCCAUCUUCUAUAAUAACACCCUAUUUCUGGUCUUGGUCAUUGUUGCUUCCUUCUUUAUAUUGAAGAACUUCAACCCCACAGUGAACUACAUUUUGUCCAUAAGUGCUUCCUCGGGCCUCAUCGCCCUCCUGUCUACUGGCUCCAAGUAGAGCACGUCAGCUUCCCUCCACUGCCCUGGCUUUGUGUCUAUGGGUGGCCUGUGGUAUAUGGAAAAGUAGCAGGGUGGUCAGGGUGGAAGACACACAAGCUGUUUUUGUAAGUCUGGAGUUUGAGGGUUUGAAAAACCCAACAAAAUGUAAUUCAUUAUUUGUUUAUUGGCUCUUUUUUUUUUGUUUUUUUGACAGAUUGUUGAAAUUAAAUGAAUUGAAAGGGAAACUCAGAGUACCAGGACAUUUAUUAAAAGGCAAAAAGUGUUGCAAUAUGUUAUAAUCACAAGGGAAGAAAAUAACUUGUUUCCUUGACUUGUCAGAGGUCACAGUAACCUGGACUGAGCUGUUAUUAUUUAUAAUAGUAGCAAGAAGUUAAUAACUGGUUCUGUGUGUUCCAAGCACAAUAUUACAACUUUUUUUUGAACCAUAAAUACCAGAAUGAGUCCUCUCCCUCUGGGGGAUUGAACAGAAGCUUCAUGUUUGCAAGUCUCUGAAUUUGUGAUUUGAAAUAACUCAAAGUUAAAACAUUAGUUUCUCCAACUUGGAGAAGAGAAA